GGCAAUUCCCGAGUGGCUAGCUCAUCCUUUAUCUCCUCAGAUAGUCCGUGAAGGAAGGUAUCAAAAAGGGACUCCGGAUUCCAGGCACUCUCGGCGGCCAACGUGCGAAAGUCAACAGCGUAGCCUGCCACACAACAAUAAUUUUGACGUAAAUCCAGCAGUUAAUGGGCCGCCUCUCCUCCGCAUACCGGAGAAUCAAAAACCUUCCUCACCUCUGCCAUAAAGUCCUCCAGAUGACGACAAAUGGCGGAUUGUUGCUCCCAAACUGCUGUCGCCCAGGAGAGCGCCCUUCCCGACAUUAGCGUAAUAAUAUAUGCUAUCUUAGAUCAGUCCGAAGGAAACAAAGAUGGCUGUAGCUCAAAAAUAAGGGAGCAUUGAGAAAGGACCCCGGCAUGUACCAGGAUCCCCAGAGUAUCGCUCCGGAGGAGCGUUCACAGCCUGCCAGGGUGGUGACAGUCCAGCCAUGGCACAGCAGGACGCGCCUGCCAGUAAGACCCCUGCCCCCAACCUGGCCGUGCUGCACUCCAACUUUAUCAUCGGCUCUGUGUCAGAGGAGAACUCUGAGGAUGAGUUUUUGGGGAAGCCAGACCUGACGCUGGGCCUGGAGGAGAAGGAGCGCUCCAUAUCCCCCACCUCUAGCCUCAGUUCAGAGAACAGCAGCUACGAGAUGGGUUUUGACAACAUUGACGGACCCCACAUGAGUUGUUCACACAGACCAAGCAUGUCUGGGCUGCACCUGGUCAAGCAGGGACGAGACCGCCGUCGCAUCGAUCUGCAGAGAGAUUUCACCGUGGCCUCCCCCGCCGAGUUCGUCACCCGCUUCGGAGGCAAUAAGGUCAUCGAGAAGGUCCUCAUUGCCAACAAUGGCAUCGCAGCGGUUAAGUGCAUGCGCUCCAUCCGCCGCUGGGCUUACGAGAUGUUCCGCAACGAGCGCGCCAUCCGGUUUGUCGUCAUGGUAACCCCCGAGGACCUGAAGGCCAAUGCAGAGUACAUAAAGAUGGCCGAUCACUAUGUGCCGGUGCCAGGAGGGACCAAUAAUAACAACUAUGCCAACGUGGAGCUCAUUCUGGACAUUGCCAAGCGAAUACCUGUGCAGGCUGUAUGGGCUGGGUGGGGCCACGCCUCAGAGAAUCCCAAACUCCCAGAGCUGCUCAUGAAGAAUGGCAUUGCCUUCAUGGGUCCUCCUAGCCAGGCCAUGUGGGCACUAGGGGACAAGAUCGCCUCAUCCAUCGUGGCUCAGACAGCUGGCAUCCCUACCCUGCCAUGGAGUGGAGCAGGACUCACAGUGGAUUGGACAGAGAGUGACCAGAAGAAGAGGAUCAUCAACGUUCCCCCUGAUCUGUAUGAGCUGGGCUGCAUCCAUGAUGUGGAGGCAGGACUGAAGGCUGCUGAGGUGGUGGGCUACCCCGUGAUGGUGAAGGCCUCCGAGGGAGGUGGAGGAAAGGGCAUCCGCAAAGUCAACUGUGCUGAUGACUUCCCCAACCUCUUCAGACAGGUCCAGACCGAGGUUCCAGGCUCACCCAUCUUCGUGAUGCAGCUGGCCAAACACGCUCGUCACCUGGAGGUCCAGCUCCUGGCUGACCAGUACGGCAAUGCCAUCUCCCUGUUCGGCAGGGACUGCUCCGUACAGCGGCGACACCAGAAGAUCAUAGAGGAGGCGCCCGCCACCAUCUCCACCUCAGACGUGUUUGAGGACAUGGAGAGGUGUGCAGUGAAGCUGGCUAAGAUGGUGGGCUACGUCAGUGCUGGCACAGUGGAGUAUCUCUACAGCCAAGAUGGCAGCUUUUACUUCCUAGAACUCAACCCUCGUCUGCAGGUGGAACACCCCUGUACUGAGAUGGUGGCCGACGUCAACCUGCCUGCUGCACAGCUACAGAUUGCCAUGGGGAUCCCCCUGCACCGUAUUAAGGACAUCAGAAUGAUGUAUGGGGUCCAGCCCUGGGGAGACUCUAUGAUUGACUUUGAGGGUCUGUCCACGGCCCCCUCCCCACGUGGACAUGUCAUCGCUGCCCGCAUCACCAGUGAGAACCCGGAUGAGGGUUUCAAACCGAGCUCGGGCACGGUGCAGGAACUGAACUUCCGCAGUAACAAGAAUGUGUGGGGAUACUUCAGUGUGGCAGCGGCCGGAGGCCUGCAUGAGUUUGCAGACUCCCAGUUUGGCCAUUGCUUCUCCUGGGGAGAGAACCGAGAAGAGGCCAUCUCUAACAUGGUGGUGGCCCUGAAGGAGCUGUCUAUCAGAGGAGACUUUAGGACCACAGUGGAGUACCUCAUCAAGCUGCUGGAGACUGAGAGCUUCCAGCACAACACCAUCGACACAGGCUGGCUGGACAGGCUCAUCUCAGAGAAGAUGCAGGCAGAGCGUCCUGACACCAUGCUGGGCAUAGUGAGCGGGGCGCUCCACGUAGCUGACGUCAACCUGAGGAACAGUGUCUCCAACUUUCUGCACUCUCUAGAAAGAGGCCAGGUGCUGCCCGCACACACCCUUCUCAACACCGUGGAUGUGGAGUUGAUCUAUGAGGGUACUAAGUAUUGUCUGAAGGUGACACGUCAGUCCCCCAACUCCUAUGUGGUCAUCAUGAACAGCACCUCUGCCGAGGUGGACGUCCAUCGCCUCAGCGACGGGGGCCUGUUGCUCUCCUACGACGGCAGCAGCUACACCACCUACAUGAAGGAGGAGGUGGACCGGUACCGCAUCACCAUUGGGAACAAGACGUGUGUGUUUGAGAAGGAGAACGACCCGUCGCUGCUUCGCUCGCCCUCGGCAGGGAAACUCAUCCAGUACACCGUGGAGGACGGGGGGCACGUGUUCUCUGGCCAGUGUUACGCUGAGAUAGAGGUGAUGAAGAUGGUGAUGACUCUGACGGCGCUGGAGUCUGGCUGUAUCCACUAUGUGAAGAGGGCUGGUGCUGUGCUGGAGCCUGGCUGCGUCAUCGCCAAGCUGCAGUUGGAUGAUCCUGGCAGGGUACAACAGGCGGAGCUGCACCACGGGGCCCUGCCCGUCAUCCAGGCGGUGGCAUUGAGAGGAGAGAAGCUCCACAGGGUCUUCCACAGCACCCUGGACCACCUUGUGCACAUCAUGAGUGGCUUCUGCCUGCCUGAACCCUUUUUCAGUGGAAAGCUAAAGGAAUGGGUGGAAAGGCUGAUGAAGACUUUUCGGGACCCCUCCCUGCCACUGUUGGAGCUGCAGGACAUUAUGACCAGUGUGUCAGGCCGGAUCCCCCUCGCUGUAGAGAAAUGCAUCAAGAAGGAGAUGGCCCAGUACGCCAGCAACAUUACCUCUGUGCUCUGCCAGUUCCCCAGUCAGCAGAUUGCCAACAUCCUGGACAGUCAUGCUGCCACUCUGAACAGGAAGUCGGAGAGAGAGGUGUUCUUCAUGAACACUCAGAGCAUCGUACAGCUGGUGCAGAAGUACCGCAGUGGCAUCCGUGGUCACAUGAAGGCUGUGGUGAUGGACCUGCUCAGACAGUACCUCAAAGUAGAGGUCCAGUUCCAGCAUGGACACUAUGACAAGUGUGUGUUCACACUGCGUGAGGAGAACAAGGGCGACAUGGCCAACGUGUUAAACUACAUCUUCUCGCACGCCCAGGUCACCAAGAAGAACCUCCUGGUCACCAUGCUCAUUGACCAGCUAUGUGGUCGUGACCCCACCCUGACUGACGAGCUGAUGGCCAUUUUGACAGAGCUCACCCAGCUCAGCAAGACAACCAACGCCAAGGUGGCACUGCGCGCCCGCCAGGUGCUGAUCGCCUCCCACCUCCCCUCCUACGAGCUCCGCCACAACCAGGUGGAGUCCAUCUUCCUCUCUGCCAUCGACAUGUACGGACACCAGUUCUGCAUCGAGAACCUGCAGAAACUGAUCUUGUCUGAGACGUCCAUCUUUGAUGUGCUGCCCAACUUCUUCUACCACAGUAACCAGGUGGUCCGGAUGGCUGCCCUGGAGGUGUACGUACGUAGAGCCUACAUCGCCUACGAGCUCAACAGCGUCCAGCACAGACAGCUGAAGGACAACACCUGCAUCGUAGAGUUCCAAUUCAUGCUGCCUACCUCCCACCCCAACCGAGGGAACAUCCCAACUCUAAACAGGAGACUGUCUGCCCUGCCCCUGCCUCUUCUACUUAAGCCGGUGUCUGUGGACAGUAAAAUACAGGACACUAAAGCACAGGAUGAUAAAACAAAGGAUGAUUCUAAAACGGAGGAGAAUAAACCUCCAGAUACAGAUGACUCUGUGGACAGGAUGUCGUUCUCGUCCAACCUGAACCACUACGGCAUGGUGCACAUGGGCAGCGUGAGUGACGUCCUCCUGGACACUUCCUUCACCCCACCCUGCCAGCGCAUGGGAGCCAUGGUCUCCUUCCGCUCCUUCCAGGAGUUCACCAGGAACAUUCAAGACGUGAUGAGCUGUUUCUCUGACUCUCCUCCUCACAGCCCCACCUUCCCAGAGGGAGGGAACCCUGUGCUCUAUGGAGAGGAGGACACCAAGAGUAUCCAAGAUGAGCCCGUUCACAUCCUCAACGUGGCCAUUAAGACUGACAGUGACAUCGACGACGACGGCCUGGCCGCCAUGUUCCGGGAGUUCACCCAGUCAGAGAAAUCCCUGCUGUUUGAACAUGGCAUCCGCAGGCUGACCUUCCUGGUAGCUCAGAAGGAUUUCAGGAAGGCGGUCAACUAUGAGGUGGACCAGAGGUUUCAUAGAGAGUUCCCCAAGUUCUUCACCUUCCGAUCCAGAGACAAGUUUGAGGAGGACAGGAUCUACCGUCACUUGGAGCCAGCGCUGGCCUUCCAGCUGGAGCUGAACCGCAUGCGUAACUUUGCCCUGACCGCCAUUCCCUGUGCCAACCACAAGAUGCACCUUUACCUGGGCGCUGCCCGUGUGGAGGUGGGCAUAGAGGUCACAGACUACCGCUUCUUUGUCCGGGCCAUCAUCCGUCACUCAGACCUGGUCACCAAGGAGGCGUCUUUUGAGUACCUCCACAAUGAGGCAGAGCGUCUGCUGUUGGAGGCCAUGGACGAGCUGGAAGUGGCCUUCAACAACACCACUGUACGCACCGACUGCAAUCACAUCUUCCUCAACUUUGUCCCCACCGUCAUCAUGGACCCCUCCAAGAUUGAGGAGUCGGUGCGCUCUAUGGUGAUGCGUUAUGGCAGUAGGCUGUGGAAGCUCCGGGUCCUGCAGGCUGAGCUGAAGAUCAACAUCCGGCUGACGCCCACAGGCAAACAGAUCCCCAUCCGCCUUUUCCUCACUAACGAGUCAGGCUACUACCUGGACAUCAGCCUGUACAAGGAGGUCACCGACUCCCGUACGGGACAGUUGGGGCCUAAAGACCGACAGAUCAUGUUCCAGGCAUAUGGGGACAAGCAGGGUCCUCUACAUGGCAUGCUCAUCAACACCCCAUAUGUGACAAAGGACCUGCUGCAGUCCAAACGCUUCCAGGCCCAGUCCCUGGGAACCACCUACGUCUAUGACUUCCCUGAGAUGGUCAGACAGGCUCUAAAGAAGCUGUGGCAGUCCACCAAAGCCUUCGCCCAUCUGCCCAAAUGCCCUCUGCCCUCUGAGCUGCUCACUUUCACUGAGCUGGUCCUGGAUCCACAGGGACAGCUGGUGCAGAUGAACCGUCUACCAGGAGGGAACGAGAUUGGCAUGGUGGCCUGGCGGAUGACCAUCAGGACCCCGGAGUACCCGGCAGGGCGUGAGAUCAUUGUGAUCAGUAAUGACAUCACACACAAGAUUGGUUCGUUUGGGCCGCAGGAGGACCUGCUGUUCCUGCAGGCCUCAGAGAUGUCCAGGGAGAGUGGCAUCCCUCGUAUCUACAUCUCUGCCAACAGCGGUGCCCGCAUCGGCCUGGCAGAGGAGAUCAGACACAUGUUCCAUGUAGCUUGGCAGGACACGGCAGACCCCUACAAGGGCUUCAAGUACUUGUACCUGACCCCUCAGGACUACAAGAAGGUGUCAGCCCUGAAUUCUGUUCACUGUGAACACAUAGAGGAUGAGGGAGAGUCCAGGUACAAGAUCACUGACAUCAUCGGGAAGGAGGAGGGUCUGGGGGUGGAGAACCUGAAGGGCUCCGGGAUGAUUGCUGGAGAGUCCUCUUUGGCCUAUGACAAGGUCAUCACCAUGAACCUGGUGACUUGUCGAGCAAUCGGGAUCGGAGCCUACCUGGUUAGGCUGGGUCAAAGGACCAUCCAGGUGGAAAACUCCCACAUCAUCCUCACUGGGGCUGGAGCACUCAACAAGGUGCUGGGUAGAGAGGUGUACACCUCCAACAACCAGCUGGGUGGGAUUCAGAUCAUGCACAACAACGGUGUGACCCACAGCACUGUGUGUGAUGACUUUGAGGGAGUCCACAUGCUGCUGCACUGGCUCUCCUACAUGCCCAAGGACCGAUCUAGUCCUGUGCCCAUCAUCAAUGCCAAGGACCCCAUAGACCGGCUGGUGGAAUUUAUGCCCACCAAGGCUCCCUAUGACCCCCGCUGGAUGCUGGCAGGACGCCCCGGCCAAACUCCAAAGGGCCCGUGGCAAAGUGGGUUCUUUGACCAUGGCUCAUUCAUGGAGAUCAUGCAGCCUUGGGCUCAGAGUGUGGUGGUGGGCAGAGCCAGGCUAGGUGGCAUACCUACUGGAGUGGUUGCUGUGGAAACUAGAUCUGUGGAGCUGUCAAUCCCAGCCGAUCCAGCCAACCUGGACUCUGAAGCCAAGAUCAUCCAGCAGGCAGGCCAGGUGUGGUUCCCUGACUCUGCGUUUAAGACGUCACAGGCCAUUAAGGACCUGAACCGCGAGGGCCUCCCUCUCAUGGUGUUCGCCAACUGGAGGGGCUUCUCUGGAGGCAUGAAAGACAUGUAUGACCAGGUGCUGAAGUUUGGAGCCUACAUCGUGGAUGGGCUGAGAGAGUACCGCCAGCCUGUUCUGGUGUACAUCCCUCCCCAGGCAGAGCUCAGAGGAGGGUCCUGGGUGGUCAUAGACCCCACCAUCAACCCCCGCCACAUGGAGAUGUAUGCUGACAAGGACAGUCGUGGUGGAGUGUUGGAGCCAGAGGGAACAGUAGAGAUCAAGUUCAGGAAGAAGGACCUGGUGAAGACUAUGAGGAGGGUAGACCCGGUCUACAUGGGCCUGGCAGAGAGACUGGGUACCCCAGAGCUGGGCCCGCCAGAGAGGAAGGAACUGGAGACCAAACUAAUGGAGCGGGAAGAGUUCCUGUUACCCAUCUACCACCAGGUAGCCGUGCAGUUCGCCGACCUCCACGACACCCCGGGACGCAUGCAGGAGAAGGGCGUCAUCACGGACAUUCUGGAGUGGCGGACGUCACGUCACUUCUUCUACUGGCGCCUGAGGCGUCUGCUGCUGGAGGACACGGUCAAGAUGAAGAUCCAGGUGGCCAACAGCGAGCUGACUGAUGGACAGAUCCAGGCCAUGCUGAGACGCUGGUUCGUAGAGGCUGAGGGGACCGUGAAGGCGUAUCUAUGGGACAGCAAUGAGGAGGUAGUGGAGUGGCUGGAGAAGCAGCUGAAGGAGGAGGAGGGGGCCAGGUCUAUUGUCGAUGAGAACAUUAAGUACAUCCGCAGGGACCACAUCCUCAAGCAAAUCCGCAGCCUGGUCCAAGCCAACCCUGAGGUUGCCAUGGAUUCCAUCGUGCACAUGACCCAACACAUCUCCCCAACACAGCGUGCUGAGGUGGUCCGCAUCCUGUCUACCAUGGAUGCUGCCCCGGCCGCCACCUAAGCCUCAUUUAUACCUGGUUCUAACAUGCAUCCUUUGUCUUGAUCUUGUCCACAUUCUGAUCUUGUCCAGAUUUUUAGAGCGGUAUAGAUUAUUGUGAUCAUAUCUUCCUGACCACCUCCGGAGGUAGUCAGGGACCCAUUUGUAUUUGGAUAUCAAUCCAUUGUAAACAGAUCUGGAUGGUCAAUCCAUUUAAAUCAUUAUACCGGUCUCUAAAACCAUUGACAGGUAGCUCCAUUGACUUAUCGCCUCCUUAAUUGUCUUACAAAAAUUAUAUAUAUUUUUAAAGAUUAUCUGUCACAUAAUUUGCAUACAGGGAGGCACCAAGAAAUCUGGUCACAGUGGUUGGUGGAUAAGAGACACAUUUUACUACCAUGUGUAGAUCAAAUUGUAUUUGUCACAUGGGCUGAAUACAACAGGUGUAGACUUUACUGUGAAAUGCUUACUUAUGAGCCUUUUCCCAGCAAUGCAGAAUUAAAAAGUAAGAAACAUUAGCAAAAUAAAAAGAAGUAAUAACACAAUCAAUGAACAAUAUCGAGGCUAUAUACAAGGAGUACCUGUACCGAGUCGAUGUGCAGGGGUACGAGGUAGUUGAAGCAAUCAGGAAAGAUGAGGGUAUCAGCAGCGUGUGUGUGUGUGUGUGUGUGUGUGUGGGUAGAGCAGUGAGUAUGCAAGAGAGUCAGUGAUUUUAUUUUUAAUUAAAACAAUUUUUUUAUAAAAGGGUAUUCAUCAGAGGCAAUGUGGGCACAAUCAGAAUGUGAAUAUGAUCCGGACAAAGGACCCACGUUAGCACCAGUUAUAAACCUGAGGGCCUCUCCUCUCAGCCUGGCCCCACUGUCUCCGGUGCACUGCACCCUGGCACUGCCCCUGUGGAGGAACAGUGUUGGAAACUGGAGCUGGAGGAGCGAACAUGGCAGCUGACGAGUUUGUGCUGUUACUGAUGAAACUGUUGGCAAUGAUUCGGGGGGGGGAGAGCGGAGACACACAGGGACUGAUGUCCAGGGUAAUGAAUUUACACAAGUCUUACAGAAUGUGUGUUCGUGUUGAUAAACUCCUUCCUAAUAUUGAGUUGCAACCCCUUUUGCCCUGAGAAUAGCCUCAAUUUGUUGGGGCAUGGACUCUACAAGGUGUUGAAAGCAUUCCACAGGGAUGCUGGCCCAUGUUGAUUCCAAUGCUUGCAACAGUUGGCUGGAUGGCCUUUGGGUGGUGGACCACUCUUGAUACACACGGGAAACUGUUGAGCAUGAAAAAUCCAGCAGCGUUGCAGUUCUUGACACACUCAAACCUGUGCCCUUGACACCUAUUAUAGCCCGUUCAAAGUCACUUAAAUCUUUUGUCUUGCCCAUUCACCUUCUGAAUGGCACUCAUACAGUCCAUCUCUCAAGGCUUAAAAAUCCUUCUUUAAUCUAUUUCUUACAAUUCAUCUACACUGAUGUGAAGUGACAAUAAGGCAUGAUACUGUAGCUUUCACCUGGUCAGUCUGUCAUGGAAAGAGCAGGUGUUCAUGUUUUGUACACUCAGUGUAUCUAAUAGAUGUGUAUAUGUAAGUGCAAUUUGAAAAAUGAUCAACAAAGCAGAGACCAGACACGAUAUGCUUGUAUAGCUAACAUGAAUGAGGCCAAGCUUAGGGACGACACACUUGACCAAAGUGGAAGCAGCUCUUCAUCCAUUUGCAAUCAUAAAGAGCCUCUGUACUAUGGGACAGGAAAACAUGCAUUGGGUUUUGGGGUGUUUUGAUGGUGAUCUUGAUAAUAAAAUGGCAGCAGAUUGCUAGGAGGGUUCACUAGGGUGGGGGGGGUUAGUACACAUUUUGGAGGGAGCACUUAUUUACUGCUAAAAACCCAGGGUAGUGCAUGGCGCUACCGGGGCAUUGUGAUUGGGAAAGUGGGCCGAUCUGCCCUGGGCCUGGAGUGCGGGAGAGAAGAGUCCAGCAGGAGGAGAGGCCUAUUCAGACCAACCACACUGGCCCUGGGGUGAGCCAAGGGCAGGCAGACACAGGCAGACACACGCUUACUUACAUUAGGCUUUAGUGCAGCACAGCUUGCUCUAUAGUAUACUAAAAGUCUGACACACAAGCAAACACUAUCAAUGGCAAUUGUUGCCAUAAUGGUUAAGAAUGAAUAGUUCACUUACUGUGGGGUAUAUUUUUGGCAAUUAUUGUGGCUUAUUCCCACCAAAAAACAUGUUCAAAAUGUGUUUUUUCUGUAUUUGUUUUGUUGAAAAUGUGAAACAUUUAGGUGACUAAUUUAUUAAAUGGCAAUCAUGUUAAAGAGAACUAGGUACUGUACGCUGGAGUAAUACAGUCAGUAUUACAGGUGUGUUUUAAAAUGUUCACUGUAAUUCUGAGUUAAUUAUUGAUCAGCAGUUCUUUCCAUGGAGUCAUGGGGAUCAGGGUUUGCUAUAAAAAAUAAAAAAAGUUUGCUUGCUCACUCAAACUCUAGGCCCGAUUACUAAAACAUUCAAAUGUACAAAAAAGUAUCUGAAAUGGAGCACACAACAACUGUCAUUUUAUAUAGUUUAAUAACCAGUGGUGUAAAAAUACCCCAAAACACUACUUAAGUAGUACUUUAAAGUAUCUGUACUUUACUAUUUAUAUUUUUGACAACUAAUGUACUUUCUACUCCAUACAUGUUCCCUGGCACCCAAAAGUACUCGUUACAUUUUGGAUGCUUAGCAGGACAGGAAAAUGGUCCAGUUCACAUACUUCAAGAGAACAUCCCUUUCCAUCUACUGCCUCUGGUCUCUGGCGGACUCACUAAACACACAUGCUUUGUUUGUAAAUGAUGUCUGAGUGUUGUAGUGUGCCCCUGGCUCUCUGUAAAUAAAAAAACAAGCUGUGCCGUUUGGUUUACUUAA